UUAAAAACGCAUGGUCGGAAAGAGGAAGAGUGGCAAAAAAAAGCAGCUUCAGUGUAUCGUACGUGUGUAUAGAUGAAGCGAAAGCCGCAACACUGUUCAUUAUUAUCUGCACAAAAACUGCAGCAACUCUGAGACACCCGUGAAACGUGAAUUCGUUGGGCGAAAUGAACGAACCCACGACAAAACGCCGUAAGAAGAACGAUGAGGGGUCAACCCGUAAGACGAAGAAGAAGAGAGAACUGAAGGGUGUUCUCAGAACAAUCCUGUUCUUGGAUGGAAAAGAGAAAGACGAAGAAGAAAAACAACAGGGCAUGAUCGAUGGUUACUACAGCGAGGUGGAAGAGUCCAAUCCGAGAAAGAGAAGCAAAGUCGGCGGAGCCGGAGGUGACUCGGUGAGUCACCGACGAGUUUGGGUGAAGGAACGUUCGGGGGCGUGGUGGGAGGAGUGUAACAAAGCCGAAUUUCCGGAAGAAGAGUUCCGGAAAGCGUUCAGAAUGGGAAGGGUGACUUUCGAAGCGAUUUGCGAGGAGCUGAAUUCUGUGAUUGCGAAGGAGGACACAACGCUGCGAAACGCCAUUCCGGUGAAGCAAAGGGUGGCGGUUUGUUUGUGGCGGUUGGCCACCGGCGACCCUCUGAGCGUGGUUUCGAAAAGGUUCGGUUUGGGGAUAUCCACUUGCCACAAACUGGUUCUUGAGGUUUGCACUGCCAUAAAGAGAGUGCUUAUGCCAAAGUAUUUGCAAUGGCCUAAUGCUGUUAUUUUGAGGGACAUCAAGGGUGAGUUUGAGAACGUUUCUGGGAUCCCCAACGUUGUGGGAUCCAUGUUCACUUCUCAUGUUCCCAUCAUAGCUCCUAAGAUGAGUGUCUCUGCUUACUUCAACAAGAGGCACACUGAGAGGAACCACAAGACUUCAUAUUCUGUGACUGUUCAGGGUGUUGUCGACCAUAGAGGGGUUUUCACCGAUGUGUGCAUUGGGUGGCCUGGUUCGAUGGGUAAUGACCAGGUGUUGGAAAAGUCGGCACUUUUUCAGAGGGCUAAUAAUGGUGGACUUAAUCUCAGUGGGGUUUGGAUUGUUGGGGGUUCCGGGUACCCUUUGUUGGAUUGGGUUCUGGUGCCUUAUAAGCAGCAGAAUCUCACUUGGACUCAGCAUGCUUUCAAUGAGAAGAUUGGGGGAGUUCGGAGGGUUGCUAAGGAUGCAUUUGGGAGGUUGAAAGGAAGGUGGGGGUGCUUGCGAAAGAGGACUGAGGUGAAGCUGCAAGAUUUGCCUCUUGUGCUCGGGGCUUGUUGUGUUUUGCAUAAUAUAUGUGAGUUGAAGAAUGAGGAAAUGGAUCCUGAGUUGUUGAAGAUUGAUGAUGAUGUUGUUGACGAUGACGAUGAUGAUGAUUUGGUGGUGGAGCCAGAGGUUCCCUUGAGAUCUGUUAGCUCCUUGAAGGCUAGGGAUGCAAUUGCGCAUAACCUUUUGCACCAUGGACUAGCUGGCACUUCUUUUCUUUGAUUAUAAUUUGGAAUUGAAAACUUAAGGUUCAGAUCAUGUAUGUAUAAUUAAUUCUUUUGGUUGCUUUUUAAUUUAGACAUGAUGAUAGAAUUCAAUCAAGGCAUUCAUCAUUGUUUGUAGAAGGGGCUUUGUAACUAAAAGGUAUAUUCGCCCCUCCCACAAAUAUAUGAUCAAUUGUAAUCGUUGGUGCCAGGUUUUAUCUAUAAGAUUCACGUACUUGAAAGAUUCUAGUUC